AUGACUAAACAAAAAAGAGGUAGAUUGAUAUUAAGUUGUGACAACUGUUACUCGAGGAAAUUGAAAUGUGAUCGACAACUGCCAUGUUUAUCAUGCGUUAGACAAGAAACUGAAUGUACUUAUAGCAAAGCCGCAGAACGGAAAAAUCUAGUGAAAAAAUCAGACUCAAUUAUCAAACAAUCGGUUUCAACCAGUGCUACAAAUGUCUUUCAACAGAUCGAAGUUAUCAAGAAUCAAAUAGUGGAAUUAGAAAGUACUCUCAGGUCAAAUGCACCACCCAGUGUUAAUGGAUUGGUUGAAAAUUGUCAAAGUGGAGUUAGUCCCAUUAGCAGUAGUGCCAUAGAUGAAAUCAAUUAUGAUCGAAGUUUUGUUCCCGGUGAAGAUGGUCCAUUAAUGCUAGCACAUAGACCAUUUCCAUAUAUGCAAUUAUGUAGGAGAGAUCUUGGUGCAAAAGGAAGUUGGCUUCAAAUGAUUCGUGUGUUAAAAGAAAGAAUGAAUUUCUUGGAGACAUCAAUUACUAUUGAUGAUUUAUCUGAUGAAAAGAAGGCUGAUUUAUCUAUGAAAGCUAAACUUAUUUAUGAUGAAGGAUAUAUACCCUCUGAUGAAGAAUGUCAACUAAUUCCAUUCAAUCAAUUAAAAGAAAUUAUAAAUAAAUCUGGUUUAUCUAAAGGGAUUACUUUUGUACCUGAUGCAAAUAUAUUUGAUCCAAUGACAUCUUAUUUUCAAUUAAUUCCACCAUCUUGGGUAAAUGAUAAACUUUUAGAUAUAUUUUUCCAUGAUAUAUAUCCUCAUCUUCCCAUUAUUGAUGAAAAUGAUUUCAGAAGUGAUCUUGACCGAAUUAUUCCAACUGAUUUCCAAGGAAAUUAUCUUCAUAGUGUUCCUAAAGUAGAAUCGUCCUAUGAUUUAGCAAUAUUAGUUAUUCAUCUAGUUAUCCUUCGUGUUGCAUACCUUUCAUUAUUGAACAUCAAUAGGUCUUCUUCAGGUUCAGAAUUGGUAAUGUAUCCCGUAUCAUUGGAUGCCAUUCGAGCAGCAGAAGUCAUUAUGAAAGAAUUCGAUUUGGCUAAAAGACAACCACUUGUUGUUAUACAAGCAGGUUUGCUUUUCAGGUUAUAUUUGAACUUAUCUCCUGAGAAUCUAUUCUCAGGUAGUACUACUCAGAGUUCAAUGGGCGCAAUUAUUCAAUUGGCAUUUUCACUCGGAUUAAAUAGAGAUCCGAUACAUAUGAAUGUUACAUCAAUUAAAGAACAGAUUUUAAGAAGAAAAGUUUGGCAUUUCCUUGUGAGAAUAGAUAUAUUGAACUCGAUAUUAUUUAAUACUACUAUUACUACGGAUCCAAUGAAUAGUGAUGUCAGUUUACCUGAACUUUCUGAGGUUUUUUCAAACUCAAGAAAUAUCAAAUUAGAACAAGAUAUUAUAGAUUCAUUUCAUAAAUUCCAAAGUUUGUUAUUAAUAUGUUAUAAACUUGCCAAGAUCCAUCUACUGGUAAAUGAAUCUUUCAAUAUAACUGAAAUAAUUAGUUUACUUUCUCAAUUAGAACAUGACGAGAAUCUAGAAUCAAAGACAAUAGUUGAAUUAUUGAAUGGUGAUAAUUUCAUGGACUUAUUUACCUGUCGAAUGUUCAUUAGAAUAAAGUUAUAUUGUUUUUAUAACUAUUAUUUAUUAUAUUUAUAUUAUGAAGCUAAAGGUAAUUGUACAUUACAAUCUUAUUAUUUUGGUAAAUCAUUACAAAUCUUAUUAGCAGAUUUAAAUGAUUUAUCUACCAAUUUAAUCCAAAGAGAUGAUUCUUAUAAAUUUUCAAUAUUCAUUAUACCAAUCCUUCAUAUUUAUAUCCAUUUAUUAUUUAUGACAUUUAUUCCAUUUAAGAAUAGAUUAAGUUGCUCAAUUGUUGAAUUAACCAAGAAUCCAACUAGUUUUGAUAAAUCACAAGGAGAAUCCCUUGAAUCAUUUACUAAAUGUUUAAUAGACUGUCUGGAAUCUAUUAGAUUCUUUUUAUUGAAUCGAGUUAAAGUAUUAGGUGAAUUAGCCGAGAGUUAUAUGUAUUCAUUACAUAUUUCUCAUGUUUAUUCCAAUUGUAUGAAAUUAUAUGAGAAUCGAAUGAAACUGAAUCAAGAAAGUUCAAUUAAGAUUCCCAUGAUUAAAUUAUCACAAAUUGAAAUUGAAAAAUUAACUCAAUUAAUUAGAAGAAAUUUACAUUAUAAUAAUGUUAAUGAGAAAGAUAUUUGGACGGGGUCAGAUGAAGAAAUAAUUAGGGAAAUGCAAACAGAAAACUUUUGGUAUCAAUUUAGAAGGAUUACAACUGAAGAAAUGGUAACCAGUUCUUGGAUUGAAAAGUCUAAGAAUUUCAAUAAGACCGAUUUUGGGUUUAAUUUUAAUCUUGAACUUUUUGAAAGUUUCUUACAAGAUGAUGCAUUUCAAGUUAAAUAA